AAGUAUUUAAUAAGCCAGUAGAAAAUUGAUUCAUUAAUCGGAUACAAUUAUAUGAGCAGGGCUGAGAGAUCUAUCUAGCUUAUUCCAAUCUAACUAAAUGGCCGUGGUUCUAUAAAAUGUACGACGCUUUGGAACGAUGCCCGGGCGCUUACUGUGGGCGGUCCUAUAAUAAUGAUAAUGACACUUGGAGCAACUGCGGUGUCUGUCCCAGAGGAUCCCGGGUGAACGAGAGCUAUGCCUGUUCGCCAUGUCGCGACGAAUUGAGUACAUAUUCGUGGCUCUAUCUGGGCUUUAUGACGAUGCUGCCGCUCAUGAUGCACUGCUUCUUCAUUGACAUGGACGCCAAGGACCGCAAGUUUUCGCGGAAGCAGCUAAUCUUAACAGCCAGCGCGUUUGUAGAAAUAGCUCUAUCUGCCAUUUUGGCCACAUUGUUCAUGGAGCCUAUGUGGGAGCUCCGAUUGUACGCGUGCGAGGUGCGGAAGCUCACCGACUGGUACACACUGUUCUACAAUCCCAGUCCCAACUACGAGGCCCGCGUCUAUUGCACUCAAGAGGCUGUCUAUCCGCUGCAAACUAUUGUGCUGGUAUUUUACUUUCUGUGUCUGGUGACAAUGUUUCUUAUACGGCCCGCAGUCUGCAAACUUUUGGAUGUGAGGGGCAAAAGCAAGGCGCCCAUUUAUUCCGCGCUCUACUUCCUACCUUUGCUCACCUUUGUCCAUGCCCUGGGCUGUGGCCUGAUUUACUACUCCUUUCCGUAUCUUAGCGUGGCCAUUUCUAUGGUGGCCAAUGCCAUACACUAUUCCCUCAAACUGGACCAAACCCUUAAGGCACUCGUCUGCUCCUCAGUAUGGGAAUUGAAGAAUGUGGUCAUCAUAUCUGUCCAUUGGCUUUUGUUGGCUUAUGGGAUAUCUUCGCUCAACUAUCACUAUGCAUUCCUGUGUCUUGUGCCGUUUCCAACGCUGUUCUACAUCCUGACUGUGCGUUUCACCGAUCCUGGCGAGUUCCGGGAGCUGGAGUCGAGAAUUUGAUGCGGCAACGUACAAAUGCAGAUCUUUCACACCCGCGGGACCACCAGACGGUCGACUGUUGUUAUCUAUGUAUAGUAUGUAGUGCGUGUGCUCGUGUGCGUGUCAUUUAAUUUAUUUUUGCACUUAGCAUGUACGUAAUUAGUA